AUGGGCCAAACUGCAUCGGCUCCGAAGCCAGGAACCCAGAUCCAAGUCAUCGGCGCCGGGCUGCCCCGUACGGGUACUGCAUCAUUCAGCACUGCCUUGACCAUCUUGCUCGACGGCCCUGUCUACCACGGCGGCACCCAGACGACACGCGGCCCGCCCUCUGAGUUGAAAUCAUGGGUUCGCAUCCUCCGCGCAUGGCUGGAAGGCGAGAAGCGCACCGUCUUGUCCCUCAUCGAACGCCGUCUUGAUGGCUAUGCGGCCAUCACCGACACCCCCGGUUGUCAGCUCCUCCCCGAGCUGCUGGAACUUUACCCGGAUGCCAUGGUUGUAUGUACCGUGCGCGAUCCGGUUGCGUGGGAGAAAAGUAUGAAUCAGAUCCAUAGCUUUACACGCCUAUGGUUCCUCAAGGCUCUCCUCCUCCCAUUACCGGGUAUGAGACACUUCAUAGACUUUACUUGGUUGCUACGCCAGCAGUGGAGCAAUCUAUAUGGGGAUGGUCGACGGUUUAAUUCAGUGAAGGAGGUCAGCGACACACUUCCCCAGAGGGGGGUCUAUUCCAGGCAUGUAGCUUGGCUGGAGGAGAACGUGCCCGCCGAUCGGCUUGUAUUUUUCGAUGUUCGAGAGGGUUGGGAGCCGCUGUGUAAAGCGCUGGGCAAAGAUGUCCCUACGGAUAUACCCUUCCCUCAUAUCAAUGAUUCUGAGCAGAUCACGCGCACUGCGCGGUAUCACAUGCAACAGGCCUUGCUCCGAUGGGCGGGGAUCUUUGCUAUCGCUGGACUUGCUAUUACAGGCUUUAUGUGGCGACGAUGA